CUUGACAGUGUGUUGUGCAUUACUUGAAGCCUUGAGAGAUUCCUAUUCAUAGCAGGUAGGAGCACGGCGUCUUGCUCAAGGGGACUUCAGCAGGACGCAUAGAUGUGGACCUACACACAUGUCAGCCUCUCUACUGCUGUGAGAAAGGGACCAGCUGCGGACACACCUCCAUCACCUUAAGCAAGGUUGUGGUUUGGACACGUGACGGAGCAUGCUGAGCCAUAAAAGCCUGUUCCUGGGCUCAGCCAGGUUCACACUGCAGGUCAAGAUGAGGGUGCUGCUCGUGCUCGCCACACUGUUGGUUGUCUCUCUCUGCAAGAAGAAGUUUGAUGGAGAUCAGGUGCUUCGCAUCAUUCCCAAAGAUGAGGUCGAACUUUCACUUAUAAAGGACCUGGAGGACAUGAUCGAGUUUGAGCUGGACUUCUGGAAGGAUGUGGCUGAUGUGGACACUCCUGUGCACAUCAGAGUUCCCUUCCACGGCCUGCAGUCCACCAAAUUGUACCUGGAGUCUCAGGGCAUCGAUUACUCCAUCAUGAUUGAAGACCUGCAGGCGAUGCUUGAUGAGGAGAAGGAGGAGAUGGACUCUGCAGCUCGUGGGGCCAAUCCCAGAAACACUGACAGCUUUGACUUCUCCAGAUACCACAGAAUAGACGAGAUCUACAGCUUCCAGGACAUGCUGGUGGCUGAGAAUCCCAACAUGGUCAGCAAGAUCGUGAUUGGUCAUAGCUACCAGGGCCGUCCCCUGAAUGUGCUCAAGUUCAGCACUGGUGGAACCAACCGUCCAGCUAUCUGGUUAGACACUGGAAUCCACUCCAGAGAGUGGGUCACCCAGGCCAGUGGCACCUGGUUUGCCAAGAAGAUUGUGACUGAUUAUGGACGUGAUCCUGCUCUGACCGCCAUCCUCAACAAGAUGGACAUCUUCCUGGAGAUUGUGACAAACCCUGAUGGCUUUUAUUACACCCACAACAGCAACCGUAUGUGGCGUAAGACCAGGAAGCCCAACCCUGGCUCUAACUGCGUCGGUGUCGAUCCGAACAGGAACUGGGAUGCUGGUUUUGCAGGACCUGGUGCCAGCAGCAGCCCCUGCUCUGAGACCUACCAUGGCCCCAGUGCUCACUCUGAGUCUGAGGUCAAGUCCAUUGUGGACUUUGUGAAGUCACAUGGAAACAUUAAGGCGUUCGUCUCCAUCCAUGCCUACUCCCAGAUGCUUCUGUAUCCUUACGGCUACACCAGGAAUCCAGUCAAGGACCAGACCGAGCUGCACGCUCUGGCGAAGAAGGCUAUCACUGACCUGGCUUCCCUGUAUGGUACUAGAUACAGAUACGGCAGCAUCAUUAACACCAUCUACCAAGCCAGUGGUGGAACCAUCGACUGGACCUACAACCAAGGCAUCAAGUACUCCUACACCUUUGAGCUGAGGGACACAGGUCGUCACGGUUUCAUCCUGCCAGCCAAUCAGAUCAUCCCCACCGCCAAGGAGACAUGGCUGGCUCUGAUGGCCAUCAUGGAUCACACCUUCAAGAACCCAUACUAAACUAAACUAGUGUGGUCACUGUCGGUAGAUGCCGCCAUCAUCAUCUUACUACUUCUACUGAUGAUUUCCACAAAUAAAUAAACAAGUACAUCUGAAAAAAAAA